AUGCUCCCAAGACCAGCACCACCAGUACUAACGUCAGUUGUGGUGAUCCUCCUCUCCUUCACCCUACCGAUCACCGCCAUCCAAGCCCUCGGCUUUAACACCGCCACCACUGACAGUGACGGCAUCUACGUCCUGCCCCCUAAGGAACAACCCGAUUACAUCUGCUCAGCAACCAAGCCCUGCAAGCUGGGCUACUAUGGACCGCUUGACCCGAUCACCGGCACGGGCAUCUGCGGCGGCGGGCCCGACUUCUGCGCCCCGGCCGUGUGCACGUUGCAGUGUAACUGGAAGUCCGAGUGCGACCCCGGUUGGGGCAUCGAAUGGUCUGAGGCCAGCACCUGCCCGCUCAACGUCCGCUGCAGCCGCUUCGGUUUCUGCGGGGACACGCAAGUGGCCAGCCCAGAGUGUCCCAUCUCGCAGGGCACGUGGGACAAGCGCACCGUCGGCUACUACGAGGGCUGGAACCUCGACCGGCCAUGCGGCACCAUGGCGCCCGACGAGAUCCCGUUGGGGUACUGCACGCAUCUGAACUUCGCCUUCGCCAUGGUCCACCCUCAGACCUUCCACGUACCCAUGAGUCCGGGCAUCGCGGACUUGUACUCGGCCGUAACCAGCCUCAAAGCAAAACAGCCGGGGCUGCAAGUCUGGGUCGCCAUCGGCGGCUGGGCCAUGAACGACCCAGGCCCUUACCGGACCGCUUUUUCCGACAUGGCUUCCUCCGACGCCAACCAAGAUGCCUUCUUCGAAUCGCUCGUCAAGUUCCUGCUGCAGUAUAGCUUUGACGGCAUCGACAUCGACUGGGAGUACCCAUCCGCUGACGACUGGGGCGGGCGGCCCUCGGACUUUAACAACUACGCGCGAAUGCUCCGGCGGCUGCGGACGCGGCUGAACGGCACGGGCCGCAAGUUGGGCAUCAGCAUGGCCACCCCCGCGAGCUACUGGUACCUGCGCGGGUUUAACCUUAAGGAGCUCGAACCGUCGCUGGACUGGUUCAAUAUCAUGACGUACGACAUCCACGGGACCUGGGACAGCGCGGUGCGUGCCAUCGGCUCGUUCGCGUACGCGCACACCAACCUGACCGAGAUCGACCAGGGCUUGGAGCUGCUGUGGUGCAACAACGUCAACCCGGAGCGUGUCAAUCUCGGGCUGGGGUUUUACGGCAGGAGCUUCACCAUAGCUGAUCCGGCGUGUAUGGAUCCGGGAUGUCCGUUUGUGAAUGCCACGGGACCAGGAGCGGGGAGGUGUACGGGGACGCCCGGGGUGCUUUCGGCGGCGGAGAUUGUGGAGAUUAUUAAGAACCAGGGGGGAAAGCAGAGGUUCUAUCCGGAGGAGGCGGUGCAAGUCGUUACGUGA